GAAGUUGUCAGUGAGCAGACGAGACCGGAGCGGGACUGCGCCGGACUUGGAGGACCGAGCGCGGGGUGGCGCCGGAGGAACUCAGUUCACAAUUCACAGUCGAAGGCCGCACUGCAACGGAUUCAGGCAGUCUGUGCCUUGCCUUGUUGCAAGUGGAGCAGAGAGUGGUGUAAGCAGUGUGCGCCGCGCCUUGUUGAGGUGGAGGAGUGAGCGCUGUGUUCUGAAGCCAUGCCAACGGUGGUGCUGUUAGAUGUUUCUCUCUCCAUGACUCGCCCUGUCCCUCUGGAGGGCACUGAGGAAUACCAGCGCAAACAUUUGGCUGCUCAUGGACUCAGUAUGCUGUUUGAACAUAUGGCGACCAGUUACAAAUUGGAGUUCACUUGCCUUGUGGCUUUCUCUUCUCUCUGGGAACUCAUGGUUCCCUUCACCAGGGAUUAUAACGCUCUUCAGGAAGCUCUGACCACCAUGGAUGACUAUGACAAGACCUGCCUUGAGUCUGCUCUUGUGGGGGUCAGUAAUAUUGUGCAGGAUGAGUGGGGUGCCUGCAUUCCCUGUCAGGUGAUCCUUGUAACAGAUGGGAGCCUGGGAAUAGGUCGAGGAUCCCUGCGUCAUUCACUCUCCAUCCUUCAUCAGCGUUCCGAGGAGAACAAGUUCCCACUUCCCUUUCCAUUUCCAUCAAAACUGUAUAUUAUGUGCAUUGCUAACUUAGAGGAGCUUCAGGCCACAGACACACUGGAUGUUCUCGAACGACUGAUAGAUUUAAACAACAGUGAGGGGCAAAUCUUCACUAUUGAUGGUCCUCUUUGCCUGAAAAAUGUACAGUCUAUGUUUGGCAAACUGAUUGACCAAGCAUACUCUCCUUUCCAUGCUGUGCUGAAAUGUGGGCAUCUAGUUUCUGACAUGCAAAUGUUUCCAAGACCAGAACCUGUUGUCAUUGAUGAAGAACUGGAGCCCAUACCAAAGACUAUCAACACAGAGUUGGAUAUAGUGGGAUUUAUAAAAAUUGCUGAUAUCGCCAGUCCCCCUGUUCUCUCUCGGCAUUUGGUCUUACCUGUAGCUCCGAAUAAAGAAGGUGACGAGUUGGGGAGUGGUUUACCUGAAGAAACUGAAGAUGAAAAUUCUGCUUCUCAAAUAGCUGGGAAGAUGCCUUCGUUUUGUGUCUUGCUCCAUGGCAGUCUGAAAGUAGAGGGGAUGGUGGCUAUUGUGCUGCUUGGGCCUGAUUGGUAUGGGAUGUUAUACUCUCAGGCUGACAGUAAAAAGAAAUCCAAUCUGAUGAUGUCCUUGUUUGAGCCUGGUCCAGAGCCUCUUCCGUGGCUUGGGAAGAUGACACAGUUAGGGCCCAUUUUAGAUGCUGAAGAAAACCCUUAUGGUGAAGAUGACAGCAAGAGCCCAUUUCCCCUUCAGCCACGGACAAAGCGUAGCUAUGCACAGAAUGUAACAGUGUGGAUUAAACCUAGUGGACUGCAGACUGAUGUUCAAAAGAUUUUAAGAAAUGCCCGAAAACUUCCAGAAAAGACACAGACAUUCUACAAGGAACUGAAUCGACUGAGAAAGGCAGCCCUUGCAUUUGGAUUUUUGGACCUUCUGAAAGGCGUGGCAGAUAUGUUGGACCGUGAGUGCACACUCCUCCCUGAUACUGCUCAUCCUGAUGCCGCAUUUCAGCUCUCUCACGCUGCCCAGCAGCUCAAGUUAGCUGGCACUGGGAAUUCUGAAUAUGCAGCUUAUGAACACAAUAUCACUCCACUGCAGACAGAUUUUUCUAGCAGCAGCACUGAUAGAAUUUGAGUGGUCAAUAUGGUAUUUUUGGUUCACUUUUGAGGACCUUUUUUGAUGUUCUAGUGCUGUGCACAAGGAUACUGCGACAGAUAUGGGACUACAAGAAAAAAGGUUGCUGUAUUUCUCUGGGAUCUUAGUAUACCACCAGGAAGUCUUAAUUUUUAAAUAAAUUUCAGUUUUUGAUAUUGUUAAAGAUGAUUAAGAUCUCCAAAAUGUAAUGACACUCUAUUCAUUUCCUCUGCAUUCUGAGGGUACACGGCCUCUGGAACAAAACUGAAUUGCCCUGAGAUCUAACACUGAUGAUUUGUUCUAGCGAUGUGUAUACUACAUUGGUAGUCACUAACAUAAAACUUCAUUGCGCACUGAGAUCCAACACCUUACCUUUCCCACCCAUCACCUUCUAGCUAGAUCUCCUUCCUUUCUGCCCUAAAGGAAGGUUUAUUCAUUUCCAUAGAUGUUGCAUGACCUGCUGAGUUCCUCCACAAUUUUUGUGUGUUGUUUUAGAUUUAACACUGAUAGGGACAUUGUUUAACAACAUGUGUACUGCAUUGGUAGUCUCCUAGCUCAGCAAUCAUUUGUCAAAAUAAAAUUCAGAUAAAAAAGGCAAACUGCUACCUUCUGCAGUUUAGCUUUUGUGAAUCCAAACCUAAAUAUUUGUGUGAAAUUGUGUUAAACAUAAGAAAAUUAGACUACAUGGAUUGAACAUAGUUUUAAACACAGCAAUAUUGUUCCAGUCCAAGAAUCUUCAAGAACUAUUUCAGGUGGUUCCUGGGGAAUUAAGAGAUAUCCCUAACUUACACUCUCCUUUUCUUUAAUAAGAUCCUCUGACUCCAAUCAUCCUAUGUGAAUUCCAUCCUUCAAUUUGGAACUAUUCUGGAUCAGGAUCAGAAAUAGAAUCAGGUUUAAUAUCAUCGGCAUGUUUAAUACUGUAUCAUCAUGGAUGUGUUCAAGCUACCCAAACCCUAUUUGUACAAUGAACUCAGAUUUUCUCUCUGCUACAGUGUACUAUAACUUGCAUUACAGUUUGCUUUGUCUCUUAUUGCCCUAAUUAAUUUACUGAUCUGUUUUAUAAAUGUUAGGAUCACUCAGUAAAUUUCCUUUUUAAUUCUACCCAUUAUUACUAAUAUUUGGGGGUGAUAAGACAGCCAUUGCUAAUCUUUUCUGAUCCUUGCUCUUGCUUAUCUACAUCCAAAUUUCACACCAUGAUUUUCCUAAUAUUCCUACUCCCCAUUAUACUGAUUUCCUGCUUUACCAACACUUCCUAACUCCAAAUGUUCAACCGUAGGACCUUUUAUUAAAAGUUAUACUGUUAAUAAAAGACAAGACAACCAGCUGUUUACCCACUCACUGAUGAUCUUGGCUGGAUCACUGUUCUGUGUUUUACCCUAUGGAGAUGUACAUUACUUAAACUAUGUAUUCAUUAUUUAACAAUCAGCCUUUGUUUAUUUUACUCAUAUGUUUUAAAUAGUCUCCCAGCCUACUGAAGCCAACUCAUAUCAUGCCUUUAUUUGUAUUUUAACACCCUAGAUUCGAAUUAACCUAAAUCAUUUAGUCUUAAUAUAACAUUCUAUAAGGCAUCUGCCAACAAGGAAUGACACAAAAAUCUUUGUAUAAGACUGGUAACAAUACCAGGGUGGCCAUUUGGUUUAUGUGAAACCUAGUUGCCUUCAAUUAACCACUAUGGUUUAACAGUGGCUUUGUUAGUGAGAAUAUUCAGUAUCAAAUCCAGAGUCAGUCAUAGAAUACUACAGUGCAGAAACAUGCCCUUCAGCCCACCUAGUCCAGCUGAUACUGUCAUUCUGCUCAGUCCCAUCAACCCUCACUUGGACCUUAGCACUCUAUACCGCUCCCAGCCAUGUACUUGAAAUGUAAGCAAAUUCUGUAUCUUACAAAGAAUGUUUCAGCAAAAUAGGAAAUGCAUCUCAUCCUUGCAAGAUUAUUUUCAUAACAUUUACAUUUUUCAUAUCUUCAUGCAAAGUGCAUACAAAUAUUUCAGCUUACCUAAACAUCUGCCUUAUCCUCACCAAUUCACCCAUUGUCCCCUUGCAUGCUGAUUCACAAUUAACAGAGAGUAAGAUUUAUCCGAGAACACCACUAAUCACAUUUUCAAAGGCCUACAAUGCCUUGUCCAUAUUCCCCUCUAACCUACAUAAGAAAUAGGGGCAGGAGUAGGCCAUCCAGUCCAUCAAGACUGCUCUGCCAUUCAAUAAGCUCAUGGCUGAUCUGUCCGUAAACUCAGCUCCAAUUACCUGCCUUUUCCCCAUAACCCUUAAUUUCCUUACUAUGUAAAAACCUGUCUAACUGUAUCUUAAAUAUAUUUAGUGAAGAAGCCUCAAUUACUUCCCUGGGCAGAGAAUUCCACAGAUUCACAACUCUCUAGGAAAAAGUUUCUACUCAUCCCAGUCCUAAAUCUUCUCCCCUGAAUCUUGAAGCAACGUCCCCUCGUUCUAGUCUCACCUACCAAUGGAAACAACUUUCCCACUUCUAUCUUAUCUAUCCCUUUCAAAAUUUUGUAUGUUACUGUAAGGUCCCCUCUCAUUCUUCUGAACUCUAGAGUAUAGUCCCAGGUGACUCAAUCUCUUCUCAUGGGUUAACCCCUUCAUCCCUGGAAUCAACCUGGUGAACCUCCUCUGCACUACCUCCAAAGCCAGUAUAUCCUUCCUCAAGCAUGGAGAACAGAACUGCACAUAGUACUUCAGGUACGGCCUCAUCAGUAUCCUGUAUAGUUGUAACAUGACCUCCCUGCUCUUGAAUUCAAUCCCUCCAGCAAUGACGGCCAAUAUUCCAUUUGCCUUCUUAAUAACCUGUUGUACCUGCAAGCCAAUUUUUUGCGAUUCAUGCACAAGCACUCCCAAGUCCCUCUGCACAUCAGAACAGCAUGCUAUAAUCUUUCACCAUUUAAAUAAUAAUGUGCUCUUCUAUUAUUCCUUCCAAAGUGGAUGAUCUGGCAUUUACCAACAUUGUAUUCCAUCUGCCAGACCUUGGCCCACUCACGUAACUUAUCUAUAACCCUCUGCAGAUUCUCCACAUCCUCUACAAUUUGCUUUUCCACUCAGUUUAGUGUCAUCAGCAAAUUUUGCUAUGCUACACUCAGUCCCCUCUUCUAAAUCAUUAAUGUAAGUGGUAAACAGCUGCAGGCCCAGCACUGACCCCUGCGGGACCCCACUCACCAUUGACUGCCAACCGGAGAAACACCCAUUUAUACCAACACUCUGCCUUCUAUCAGUUAACCAAUCCGCUAUCCAUGCCAGUAUCCGACUCCACGCAUCCAUCUGUAUCCGUCUCUUGUGCAGUACCUUAUCAAAUGCCUUCUGGAAAUCCAAGUAUACAACAUCCACCUGUUCCCCUCUAUCCACUGCACUCAUUAUGUCCUCAAAGAACUCCAGUAAGUUUGUCCAACAGGACCUGCCCUUUCUGAAUCCAUGUUGCAUCUGUCUAAUGGAACCACUCCUUUCUAAAUGUUUCGCUAUUUCUUCCUUAAUGACAGCUUCAAGCAUUUUCCCAACUACAGAUGUUAAGCUAACUGGCCUAUAGUUGCCUAUCUUUUUUUAAAAAAGUGGCGUGACAUUUGCUGUCUUCCAAUCUGCCGGGACCUGCCCAGAGUCUAGAGUUUUGAUAAAUGAUUACCAACACAUCUACUAUAACCUCUGCCAAUUUCUUCAGCACCCUGGGAUGCAUCCCAUCAGGACCAGGGGACUUACCUACCUUCAGGCCCUCUCGUUUGCUCAUCACUCUCUCUUUAGUGAUAGUGAUUUUAUUGAGGUCCUCACUUCCCAUUUUGUCCAUAACAUCCUUCUUUGGCAUCAUUCACAUAGCACUCCAAAAACCAUGUUUCUUCAGUCCAACAUCUGGCACAUCUUUCAUCCUCUGUCUCUCCACUAUUUAGAGUCCCAAAAUUAAAAAUGCCUUCUCGAACUGCAAACACGAGGAAAUCUGCAGAUACUGGAAAUUCAAGCAACAUAUACUAAGUGCUGGUGGAAAGUAGCAGGCCAAGCAGCAUCUAUAGGAAGAAGGACAGUUGACGUUUCGGGCCAAGAUGAAGUCCUGAGUCCCAAUGAAGGGUCCUGGCCCGAAAUGUCAACUGUCCUUCUUCCUAUAGAUGCUACCUGGCCUGCUGCGUUCCACCAGCAUUUUAUGUGUUGCCUUCUCAAACUUCCUAACUUUGCCUGAAGAUUUUUUUUCAAAAUCUGUAUUAGCCAAUCCUUUAGUCAUCAUUGUAAUCUUUCAGCUGAUUUUGCUCUUCUGCCUUGGGAAGAUGAGUCACACAAAAAUGCUGGUUACACUGGUUGGGUAGAGGCUUCUGUGAAGCACACUAGCAAAGCCUAAAUGUGCUGACUUUUUUUAAAUUUAGAGCUAAAAAGUUCUGUGCAGUAAAUGUUAUCUUAUACAUUCCUUUUUUUAAUAGGUCUCAGCCUUAAAGUUUAUAUCAUUAUUAUUCUGCCACUAAGAUAAUAAGAGAUUUCACUUUAGAUAUGUUUCUUUUUAAAUGUCAUUUACCUUGAUCACUUUCCUCCAAUCCAAUCAUAAAUGUACAGGUGCUGCCCACUUAGUAAAAAUCACUAGCAGGAGGGAAUGCAGAGUCAUUAACUUCACGGUUCAAUGAGACUGCAGAAAUGUUAACUUUUUUGCCACCUCAGUAACCAAUAACAAUAUUUUAAAGUAUAAAAUAGAUUUCAGUGCAGUUCAAAU